GCGCUGAGCGGCAGCACUGCACCUCCAACACUGUUUCCACCUCUGAGCAAAUCUCUGCCUAUCGUCUCUACUUUGCUACUGAACGCAGACUCGUUCUCAUCGGUACAUGCAACUGAUUCUACUCUCAACGCACGACACGACCCGGGGAACUGUCUGACGCGCGGCGACCGUCUCGCGUUCUUUCCUCGAGGUGCGACUCUACUUUGCUUCUCAUGCUUCGCGGUGAUCUUCGCUCGCCUGUUUCGAAAAGUUUCAGUUGUGGGGAUAAAAGGACAGCUAAAUCUUCCAAGGGAUUUUUUUAAACAACGUGGAGGACCGUCGAGGAUGAGCCGCCAGUGAGAGUGACCGACGUUUCUGCCAGAGAGUCGACAGCGCAAAAGUUUGCACCAUUCUGCCCAUACCGUUUACCCCGUCUCUCUUCUCUCCACCCCUCCCCUAUACCCCUCUGCUCUCGCCCCUAACCCCCCCUCCGCCCAACCACAGCCCAGUCUCCAAAAUGGACUUGCACCGGGCAGCUUUUAAAAUGGAGAGCUCCUCCUACCUGCCCAACCCGUUAGCAUCCCCGGCACUAAUGGUGCUAGCAUCAACGGCGGAGGCCAGCCGUGAUGCCUCCAUCCCCUGCCAGCAGCCUCGCCCUUUCGGCGUGCCAGUUUCUGUGGAGAAGGACAUUCACCUCCCCUUCAACAAUGGUUCCUACACGUUUGCCUCCAUGUACCACCGGCAGGGCGCUGUACCACCAGGCUUCCCAAACAGGGACUUCCCUCCUUCCCUCCUACACCUCCAUCAUCAGUUUGCCCCACCAAAUCUGGACUGCUCCCCCAUAAGCAUGCUCAACCACAGCGGCGUUGGGGCCUUCCGGCCCUUCGCUUCUCCUCUGGAGGACCGUGAUGGAGUGGGAGGUGGAUACCAGUCCGCCUUCACCCCAGCCAAGCGGCUAAAGGGCUGCCUGGAGGCCGAGGCCUCGCCGCACCUGCGCUACUCGGACGCAGAAGGGAAAGAGUAUGACUUUGGCGGUGCUCAGAUCCCCUCCAGCUCGCCUAGUGCUCUCAAAGCCGUGGAAGAUGCAGGGAAGAAGAUCUUCGCAGUGUCAGGCCUGCUGUCAGACCGAGAAACCUCGUCCAGUCCGGAGGAUCGCAUUGAACGCUGUAAGAAGAAGGUGUCACUCUAUGACAGUCAGGCUCCCAUCUGCCCCAUCUGUCAGGUGCUGCUGCGUCCUGGAGAACUUCAGGAGCACAUGGAACAGGAGAUGGAGAGGCUCACCCACAUGCACAUCAGCAAGAACCCAUCACACAAGGACAUCAAUGCAGCUCCAGGCACACCGAAGUCUCUCCUGUUGUCAGUGCACAUCAAACGUGAGGGCGAGUCUCCAGUUGUGUCCCCGCUCUCCUCUGAUGAAGCUCACCAUUCUGACAGAUACCAGACAUUUUUACGAGUGCGAGCUAACAGGCAAACACGAUUGAAUGCCCGGAUUGGGAAGAUGAAGCGCCGGAAGCCUGAGGAUGGACAGGUAUGUCCACUGUGCAGCACGCCGCUGACAGGGACAGAGGAGGAAAUGAGUAGGCAUGUGGAACAAUGUCUGUUCAAGAGGGAAGGUGCAACAGAAGAGGAUUCCGCGGAUGUUGAAGGAGAGAACGGAACGCGGUUUGAGGAGUACGAGUGGUGUGGACAGAAGAGGGUCCGAGCUACUACAUUACUGGAAGGUGGUUUCAGAGGAACAGGCUUUGCCAUGUGUAGCACGAAGGAGAGCCAUGACAGUGAUGCAGACCUGGAUGUGGAUGGAGAUGACACACUGGAGUAUGGCAAAGCCCAGUACACUGAAGCAGACAUCAUUCCUUGUUCUGGAGAGGACCAGGGAGAGGCCAAAGAACGUGAGGCACUGCGUGGGGCUGUUUUGAAUGGUGGUGUGCCGUCUAAUAGAAUAACACCAGAGUUCUCAAAAUGGGCCAGUGAUGAAAUGCCAUCCACCAGUAAUGGUGAGAGCAGCAAACAGGAGCCAAGCUCUUCAUCUUUGUCCUCCACACCGAGGACCUGUAAAAACAGCGAGAUCGAGAAGAUCACAGAGGACUCCACAGCGACCACACUGGAGGCGCUAAAGGCCCGCAUACGAGAACUGGAAAAGCAGAUCCUCAGAGGAGAUCGAUACAAGUGUCUCAUAUGCAUGGACUCGUAUGCAAUGCCACUCACCUCCAUCCAGUGUUGGCACGUGCACUGUGAAGAAUGCUGGCUAAGGACUCUGGGAAACAAGAAACUCUGCCCACAAUGCAACACCAUCACGUCGCCAGGGGACCUCAGGCGUGUGUAUUUGUGAGCAAAACAGCCCGAAUUCUUUAUUUUUUUUGUUUGUUUUGUUUUACUUUUCAUUUCCAUUCGCGCUAGUGUUUUUGGUUUUCCCAAGGCUCGAGCACAGACUCACACUGACUAAAUGGGGACUGACUUCACAAGCAUAGGACUAAUGAGGACUGUGUAGACUCAGUUCUCUACUAUAAUUGCUUAUGUGAAGAGCCUUCUCGCCUUCCCUCUUGUGUUGGUCCAUGGUCCACCCUCUCCAAAGUCAGCUUGGUUCCUUGACGAGGAACGUGUUGUUCUCAGAUGAAGGAAAGAGUACUCAUACUGUCCCUUCACCCGCACUGCUGCUGCUGCUGCUCUUCGUCUCCCACUUUCGCAACUUCUUCUCCAAGACCGUUGACGUCAACCCGACUGGAACAUCAGCCUGACGAUAAGAGGAGACUUUAAACGGACCACCCGAGGCUCUACAGAACCCCUCGACCUUGAUUCUUCAUUGUGUUCUCGUUCACCCCAAAUCAUUACUACUUUUGUGGUGUUCUAGUGAUGUCAACCAAAUUCAAUGAAUCAGUGCAAGCACAUGUAUAAUAGUCUCUGUAUGUUUACAGUGUUGUGAGUAAAUGACAUAAAGAACAAAACACACAUGCACACACAUGGACAUACACACACACACACACAUACAGAAGUAUAUAUUGAAUAAAAGUCCUGUUUUAGUUGGGGGCGGCUUGGGUCGGGAGGGAAGGGAUAUGUUUCAAUCUUGGUGAAU